AUUUAUAUAUAUUAUUCCUAUUUCCCAGUUAGGGUUUUUAGGACUUAGUCUUAGAAGUCAAAGCGCCACUAAUACAGUCCUCAGGCGAGGCGACGGCGAGUCUCACUCCUCAUCCACUCAGGUGACGACGACAACUCCACGAGUCACAAUUUCACUGAUUCAUCGUGCUCACAAAUUAGAAGCUCGAGUCUUCUCACUUCUCAUUGACUCUCAGGACUUAGAAGCUCGCAAUUUCACUCUCCGCUCACAAGUCUUACAAAACUCAGUCGCUCACUGCCUCCAUUUCACUCUCUGAAGCUCACAAUUUCACUCUCAGUAUUACAACUCUGGUCACGCGCUCACUAUUUCUCAAUCUCUGCAAUUGUCUUUGGUGAAAGUAUCAUGGCUGAAAAUAUCAUAACUUGUUGUUGGUGAAAGUGGAGCUUCUAAUUCAAAUGCAAUAGGUCAAACUCAAACUGCUCAGUCCAAAGUAAAGAAAGAAAGGAAAAAAAGAUCUUGUGUGUGGGAUCAUUUUACUUGUAAAACUAAUUCUGAUGAAAAUGAUAAGGGUGUUUGUAACUAUUGUAAGCAAGAGUAGUUUGCUGACACAAAAGAACAUGGUACGACGGCAAUGAUUGGUCAUAUACCUAAAUGCAAGAAGAUGCCUUAUAAUAUUGAUAUUAAACAAUCAAAAUUAGCAUUUCAACCAGUGAUAUGGGGUAACAAGGGUGAUGUAGCUGUUGUUCCAUGGAAAUUUGUGCAGGAAGAGUGUAGGAAGGCUUUGUGUCGUAUGAAAAACAUAAAAUGAAGGCUGUUUUCAAGGAAACACAACAAAAGGUGUCUUCAACCACUUAUACUUGGACUUCCAUACAAAGAAUCAAUUAUAUGGUCAUUAUUGCUCAUUGGAUUGAUAAAAAAUGGACUUUGCAUAAAAGAAUUAUCAACUUUUUUCCAAUCUCUAGUCAUAGAGGUGAAGAUCUUGCAAAGUCUAUUAAAAAAGAAGAAGCAUAAAUAGGCACUGAAAGCCAGACCCGUGUUUGUGAUUAGAGCCACGGGUGGCUGUAUCACAGUAAACUGAGCAAAGGCAACUGAGACCGAGAGGAUGGAGAAUACAACGAGUGUAUUGCCACUAGUCUGCAAAAUCAUUCACAUACCUGAAAAGUCAUCCUUUCUUCCUCAUCUCCAACCCACAGUUAACGUGCUUGCUUCUGUCAUUGAACCCAAAGAUGCCAAUACUCUAGUCAGGAAGUUAAAUAAGAUUGCACCACUGGAAAAUUUGCAACAUGUGAAGCGUGUGCAGAAGAAAAGCAUUGAUGGGGGGAAACCUCAAUUAUCUCUGCUUUUAUGUAUGACUGUUGGAAAUGAUGGUGGAGAUGAUUGCAUGCCAUACGAAAUUCUUGAACUUGUCAAAUCAUACCAGUUGAGUACUUUCAUCACAAAAGUUUGCAAAUAUGCUGCAACAUCAAAAGAAGAAUGGGACGAACAGUGCAAGCUCUGGCCUACUUCGUAUCAUCCGCCAACCUACAACAUCAGUGGCAUAACUGGAUUUAGUGAAGAGGAGUCACAAUCAGUUUUCGGUUUCAUGAGACACACCAUUAAUUUGGCAACAUCUUCUAUUGGUCAGGUGGUCAAUGCUGCUGUUAUUGUAGAUCCUUCAACUAAGCAGGUCAUUGCAAGUGCUUGUGACCAGGUAAUAUCCUCGGCCAGUCUUGCAAAUGGGGUCUGCAAGGAAGGUAGCUGCUCGAACUAUCUAGAAAACCUCAAAGCCUCUAAUUUGGAAAACCAGCAAAUGUCACUUUUGGAUGGUUCAAUUAGUGAAUUUAAACCUAUAACUGACAAUGUUGCUUGUGUACAUCCUUGGCAAUUGGCACUGCAAAACUCUGGUUGCUGGCAUCCUUUGCGGCAUGCGGCCAUUGUAGCCAUUGAAAAUUCUGCUGCCAGGGAUCUACAACUUUUUCCUGAUCACAAAGCUCUAUCUCCUUUGAAAAGACAGAAGAUCGAGGAGUCUGGCUUCCAAAGCAAUGGCCAUAGUUAUCAAUCGCUCAGACCUUAUCUAUGUACUGGAUAUGACAUUUAUCUGGCCUGGGAGCCAUGUGCAAUGUGCGCAAUGGCGCUUGUACAUCAAAGAGUUAGACGGAUAUUUUUUUCAUCCCCAAAUUCCAGUGCUGGUGCACUAGGAAGUGUUCACAGAUUGCAAGGGGAGAGGAGCUUAAAUCACCAUUAUGCUGUUUUCAGGGUCGUGCUGCCUGAGGAGGUGUUCAGGAAUAAAGUUGUAGAUGGAAAGACUUCUGGAAGUGGUUGAAACAAACACUAAUCAGCUUUUUGGGGAGUCUUUAAAAAUUAAAGAUGAAUGAUAAGUGACAUGUUACCAACGAUUCAACAAACCAAGAAUGGUUCUUAUAUGUGGAUUAUCCGGAGGGGAAAAUUACUGUCAGCAUCAACCAGGAGAUUGAAGUCACAAAAGAGAAGAAACUGUUCCAAUGAAUCAAAAUUUGGUUCACCAAUACUUAUCCAUGUUUAGCAAGAAAUGCCGAGCUGAGUACGAUAUCCCACAACAUUUCCAGAUGGGAGCUUGAAUCGAAUACAUAUGGAAUUUUUUAAUAUCAAGAUUUGAGAAUAGAUUUGGGUAGUGCAUUUGAUUAAAAGUUAUGUAACCAUUAAAUUACUCUGAAGAUUUUUUCAUCUGAAGUUUUCUGAUGGUUCCGAAGUGGGUGAUUUUAACAUUCAUAUAAAUAUUUCACCUGUGCAACAAUAUGAAGGCCAGAUUUGCCGGUAGAAAACCAGUUUCAGAGAGCCAAGAAAAGAAGAUUGUGGAAGGACAAUAACAUUGUCAAGCACAUCUAGGUAACUUUCUUCUUUUACUGGAUUUUUAAAUGGAUAUUGUUUGAACUAGCUGUGGAAACAACAUCUUGCAGAAAUGCAGGGUCUGGCCCUUGUGGUAUGUACAAUAGACCCUUGUGGUCUGACCCUUCUCUGGACCCUGCACAUAGCAAGAGCUUAGUGCACCGGGCUGCCCUUUUUUAGGUCACAUAGUGCACCCAGGCAAGGAGUGCAGUUUGAGAAAAUUGGUUUGACAAAGUAUGUUGAUGGACUUGUGGAUGCAGACACAAAUUCAGAGAAUAGUUGGAGAUCGCUUGGUAACUUCAGGAACAAAGCAAAACCAGGAUCAGGUCAAUCAGACCGAGUAGGGAGACCUGAUCAUCGCAGUACUGUCCAUUCCAGCUCUCCCUUUGGCCAGAGACAAUAGAGAAAUGCUUCCUUUAGGCUUGCUGUACAAAUUCUAGUAGUAAAAAUCAACCUUGGUCUCAAUGUGACCUAAGGUAAGUACUUGCCAAGUUGAUCAAGACUUGUGUUUGUAAAGUGAAAAUAACAGGUUGCAAUUAUCUUGUUUGAUGGUCGUUUAAGUUAUUAAAUUUUGCCUGUGGCAAUGUUUGAUAAAAUGUAGCAAUCAUAUAUUUCCAGAAAGUUCUCAUCGCACAUA